UGUGCAAUGUGAAUCACAUUGGCUGAACCACAGCUAAACAUUUGGCGCUGCGUACAUCUCAUGUACGCAAAUAUUUCUCGAAAAUAGGAAGGUGAGAAAUACGAAAAUGGAGCGUAAACCUUUUAUGAUGAUGGCUUCCGCUCCCGCAUUGUUUGUUGGUUUGGUGGCGGCACUCUCAGUAACUGCAGUGAUAGCUGAAGCGGCGAAUCCACAUCCACAUCCGCAUCCUGAGGAGCUUGAGCAGCAGCAUCAACUUCUUUUGGGGCAGGAGGUGUUGGAUUCUGGAAGGGCGAGGGGAUGCUCCUAUAGGGUUACGAUUAAAACGAGCUGCCGUUCACCUCGGCUCACCAGGGACGCCGUUGCCCUGUCCUUUGGUGAUGCUUACAACAAUCAGGUGUAUGCACCGCGCCUGGAUGAUCCAGGAAGUAGAACAUUUGAGCGGUGCUCCACCGACACUUACGACAUAGCGGGGCCAUGUGGCUACGGCAUUUGCUAUCUCUACUUAUGGCGAGACGGCCCCGAUGGCUGGAUCCCUGAAUGGGUGGAGGUCUAUGAUCCCUAUUAUGGCCGCUAUCUUACCUUCUACUAUGGCUCUCCCAUCCCCUCUGGAGUUUGGUAUGGCUUCAACAACUGCAGGCGCAUCAACACGAAUGCCACCACAACCACUGCUACCAGCGAAGCGGUGACAGCUUCACAUGAUGAGUGACUUCUCUUCUUCUUACUGUAUCUAUCAUGUUUUUAUGUGAUGUUGUUCGGGGGAGGAGGAUUUUGAAGGAAUUCAAAUUCCGACCUUUCUUGCUUGGAGUUCUCUGAUCAGCCUUAAAUGAUAUAUGAAUGUCAUACAUUCAUCAUGAUGAAUAAUUUCUCUGGCUAAGACAACGAAUAAAUGUAUUCUGUAUAAUGUUUAAUAUACGUUUUCUGGCAUAUAUCCUACACUAUAGAUUUGGAUUUGUGAUGCCAAAUUUUCAUGAGUUAUACGUAACGUUAAUAAUUAUCAGAUUCAGUU